GAACUCAUCUUCCUUCUUAGAUCAUGUAUGGUAUCCUCCAUUAGUAACACUUUGCUCUGACAGGCAUCCUGCUGUGCACUGCAGCAGUCAGGGGCUAAAUAAUUUAUUUGGGAAGCAAGUUUUGUACAUGGCUUGGAAAAGGGAGGAGAAUAGGAAUAUUGCAACAGUGAACCGUGGGGUGGAUUUCAGCAGUAGCCUUGGAGAAAUACAUUGUGCCCUAUAGUUUCUGAGCAUUGCACUUUGCCAUCCAUUGUUUCAAAAUUGCUUUCUCUCCCAUAAUUACCUUCACAAGAGGUGGAGGAUUCAAAGCAUUUAUUUGUGCUUCUUUUUCCUUUCCUUCUUUCAAGGUAGUUCAUUGAUUUCCAUUCCUAAUAAUAAGUGUGAAUAAACAAAAGGAAAAAAAAAAAGAGCACAGUAAUACAUUAGUUGGUAUUUAAAACAGAGAGAACAAGUCUGUUUGCCACAGCACGCUCCACAUGUGGACAUCAAAGUGUCUUACAGAGGUUGUAAUUCUCAUUUCAAAGAUGAGGAAGCAGAGGGGGAAGAGGCUGGCUUAGCCAGUCAGUGCCGGAGCUGAGCAAGAGUCUGCAAACCCUUCCUCCCUUAAUCAGGAUGGCUCAGGUCCCAGGUGCAAUGAAGACACUGUGACACUGCAGGGAGAGCAGCAAAAAGCCACCAGCCACACAGACAGCAAAGCCUGGUUUCCUUCUGUUUGUCCAAGGGUUCUCUGAUAUUGGCCUUUGAUGGUGUGGUCAUGAGAUGCCAGUGGCCUUUCCCUCGCCAAGGGCACUGAUGGAGUAUGGCUCUCCAGCUUUGUUGUCCAUCUCCCUGAAAGUUUAAAGUACUUAAGAAUUUUUGAGCCUUUCUGUCAGGCAUGGUUGCUACGAAUCAGUGAGUCACAAAUAACGUGUGCUUGCAUGCAUACACCCAUGCAUGCGCACACAGACCUAUGUCUUGGCAUUGCAACGUAAGGGAUAUUUUACCCUAUGAAACUAUGCAAUCUGUUAACAUUUUUUUACUUGCAGAUCUGUGGUUUUAAACAUGUUUCUCCUUAGAGUUCUGAAAGAUAAAGGGUGGUACAGCAAGGAUCUUCAUUACGUUUAUUCAGUAGUGUUGUUCCAUCUUACUGAAAAGUGCUUUCCAAAGGAAGAUGCUAAAUGCUUCCGAAUUGCUCUUCCAACUCCAUGGCUGCAUCCUCUUUGAACCCUCAGAGGCUCCCUAUUAAGUCAGACUCUUUAAGUUACUCAGUUGAUGAAUCCUACCUCUUGGUGAGAAGACUUUUAUGCCUGCAGCCGUACUGCCCCAGGGCACGGUCGUGUCACGUCUCAUUGCCCAGAGAGGGAGGGGCUGAAUGAGCUUUUUGGUGGGAAUUUCUGAAGUAGUGAUUUUCAAUCUUUCUUGAUCUGUGAGCUCUGAAAAUACUUUAGGUGGCUGUUCGGCCACCUUGAAGGAGGUUGAAGGAGGAAACUGAAGCUUACUGAUAAGAGACUGGUUUUAUUAGCUUUGACAGACCAAUUACGAGUUGGCUGUGAAUUCCACAGAUAUUCUGUGCUUGGAGUUUCAAGGUACAAUGUGUCUAUGAGUUCAUACAGGGAUCUGCCAAUGGGAAGCAGACGUAAUGUGUAAGAUUAUCCAUCUGUACUCAUAUGGUAGGAAGGAGCAAGAUCACUGGGAGCAAGAACAUGAAAUCAUGCAUCUGCCUCUAGGAUGGCAGCCAUGCUGUGGUUGUGUGUGAAUGGAGGUGGCUGUCAGGGCUCCGCAGGGUACUGCUGAAUGGGCUGUCCUGGGAGGUCAGCUCUUGGCACAGAAAACAGCCCGCCUACUUUUGUUGCAAGCUGUGCAGCAUAGCUGAUAUUUACUGGCCAAGGUAACUGCUUUGAAAUGGCUUGCAGCGUGACCUUCCGAUGAACAGUGCAUCCCUGUCUGCUUUCUUCUUCUUCAGACAAGUGCUGGGAAAGAUGGUUAGCAGGGGUAGGUCAUCUAGCUUUGUCAUUCACCCUCUUUGACCUUCGGCUCUUCUUUUCUUGACUAAGUCCAAGUUACCCAUCAAUUAAAAAGAGACCAUAUUGUGUUUUUAGCCCACGGGAGCAUUGUGAGAGCUUUGAUAAUAAACUUCUCAAGAUCAUCAAGAGAAAUGUACUGUAUAAAUGCAGAUUAACAUUACUAGCAAGCCUGCAGGUUCUUUACCUUAUAUGUCUCUUCCGUGGUGUCUGCUGGCAGACCUAAAUACAUUUGCUUCUCAGAUUACUAAUCUCAUAUGUAAUAUAUCAAUGGAGCAGACUUUCUUUAUAUUUUAAAUACCAUGGCACACUGUAUCAUACAACCUGUGAUAAUACCGUUUAGCAUCUCUGUCAUUAGAGCAUCUCUUCAUAUUUCUGUUGUUACAGGCCUUGGAGGUGUUGUUUAUGGGCAGACCUCAAAUCUGGUAGUAAUUUAGUUUUCCAGGUAAAACUGAGGGCCAUUUUCCAAGCACCAAACUCUGAGCCAGUGGUGUGGUAAGUGAGUCUCUUAGCUCUCCCAUGGGGUCAUCAAGCACUGGGAAACUAUUUUCAAAAGAACCAGAGACUAUCAAUUACAGGACCUCAAUGCAGAGUUUGCAAGUGAAAGUAAGCAAGUAAACUUGCUAAACAGAAUUUUCUUUUCACCCUCUGUGUGCUGCAAAUGACACUUCAAAUAGACACUGCAGUGGGUGCAUUUCCUGCAUGUCUGGUUGCUCGGAGAGAUGUUUUAACUGGUGGGGAAAGCCCUCAAUCAUUAGCAGCGCCUCUUAGGCUUCUGGUUGCCUACUGAGUGUUUUACAUCCCUAAGUGCUUCAUUUGUAUUCUUCUCUUCACAGGGAGCCUUUUUGUGGGUUACUAAUGUGUUCCUCAGACUUGCAGACUGUUGUUCCAAAAGAGUUAAAGGAAGUACACAAAUGAUGGGGACAGCCACUUGAAGGUCCCUCUUCUUCACACCUUACCAGGAGAAUAUCCAAUAUCCUUUUUACUGGGUUGUGUAGUGUUUUCUGAUUCAUGGGCCUUACAUUCCUUAUGGCCCAAUGGUCUGGUGCCAAUACAAUACUUCCUUCCCUCAAGCUGACGUGGGGACUAUGAACGGAGAUGCUGUCUUGAUCUCUGUUAGGCUGGAGAUGGCACUUCCACAUCUCCUUCGUUCCUGGUGAACAUUCUGGUCCCCUCGACUGAUACACCAAGCAACAUAAAAGGUCAAGCAACGAACUGGCCUCUUGUUUGAAGGCGGCAAGGGAGCUCUUUCCUUUGUUUUCCUUGUUGGUCAUUUCUGCCAAAUCUGGCAAAUUUUUGUGUGACUGCUUCUGCCAGUGGCUCACAUUGGAUGUGAAGCUGUGUGGAUGGAGACUGGACCUGGGCACUUUGAAGGGAGGUGUUGGUGUUGCUGUCACCACACUUAAGCCCUUUGCCAAUCUGGGGUCUGGGCGUCAAAGGCGAGUAAUUGUUAUUGAUGGAGGAGUUGCCUUGUUUGUCCACUGACUAAACAAAGCAGAUUUUCCAGCUGUUCCCUCCUCCAAGUCUCCUCCAGAUCCUUCCAGUUUCCCCACAUUACUCCCUUUUCCUAAUCUCCCCAUCUUUUCUCUGUGGCUUCCUCCUGCAGUUUCAGUUCCGGUGUGCAGCUCCCAGCCUCACAUUCUUCUCAUCUGAAGAAGGCUUUCCAAGCGUGACUUGAAUGUCUUGGAUGGUACAACCUCCUUGCAAAGUCAUCUGUGUCAAGAAACAAUAUUUCCUGAUUUUGUAAUGAUCACAUUUAACUCUUAGUAACAUACUAAAGUUAGUAGCCACUCCCUACUGGCAUGCCCUAUUCCUGAAGAAGUUGUGUGCCUUUUAACCUUGGGGUGCUUGAGGACAUUUCCUGACCAAACCAUCUGCUGUUCAGAUUUCCAUUUGCCCUUCAAAGCCAAGGUUGCCAUAUUUGCCACAUUUCUCAGGGCCUGUGACCUGAAUAGCAAGUUGGUGUCCUGUGAGUGUCUGGUCCUGGAAUGGCUGUGUUUCCUGCCACUUGUUUCAGUAGCUGCACUGAAUUCAGCAUCCCCAUGAAGAACUGUUCAGGGAAUUUCAGCUUCCUUGUGGGGGAUUAUUCAGACGAUUCAUCAGAGCUUUCCAAAAGCAGAAAUGUCGAGUAAUGGCACACACCCAUUCUGAAAGUAGUAGGCCAGUUAAAUGGACAAACCCUGCGGCCACUCUGCAUCAAUAUGUAGUGAGAAUGGUGCUGCACUAAGCUCUUUUUUUUCCCACCAGAGCAGCUCUAUCUCAUUGAUUCCCUCAGUGUUGUGCCAGAGAAGAGCUGGAUGGCUUUUUUGUAUUUAAUUUCACUUCCUAACCUGGCGGGCUUUCCGCAACACAGAAGUGUCAGCAAAGUAUUGGUGCAUGUUUCUUCUGCGUGGUCUGACAGGGAUAUCUAUCUCAUCCCCUUUGCUUAGGGUGUAGCUCCUUUGGAAAUGUUUUUUUGUGGAGCAGUGUUACGUAGGGAAAGUUAUGUUUAAUGACAGUUCUGGGGCAUUUAAAUGUUAAAGUACUUGCAUAGCAGAGGUGUAUGUGGUUGUUCUGGCAUAAAAAUGCUUGGGUUAUGGGAACCAGUAUAAAUUAUGCUAGCGAGGGCAAGUUUUAUCUUUAUAUGUUGGGAAAGCUGGUCCUAUUAUUGAAUGUAACUGUAAAUAAAACAAACUUGGCACUGUUUUUCAUUCACAGGCAUCCAAUUCAAAUAUAUCCCCACCAUCACCAUAGGAAAUGGCAGCUGUGAGGGGUCAAGUGAGUCGGAAUCAGACUCAUCUCAUGACUUUCAGCUCAGGCUCCACCAACUUGACAUUGAGACUCCCUUUAUAAAGAUAAAAAUUACUGCAAAGUCAAGAAUCUGGUAUUUCCAACACCUGUUUUCAGGUGGGGAUGAACCAUAGCCUGCAAGAAUCUGAGUGUAAAAGAAGCAUGGGGAGGAGGUCUGUUGCUUACAGUGUAAAUACCCAGUGUAAGGGAGAGAAAUCCCCUGCUUGACCUCUGAGAUGCUCUGUGUGUCUCCAGACUGCCAGUCUCACCUCCUACUCACCUGGGCACAGUGCCCACUGCAGCUAUAGGACACCAGUCCCUGCUCAGCCUGUUUUAAUUAAAAACAACUUUUUUUGUGUGAUAGAUACCAACAGAACGCACGGUAUAACCGGCAACACGGAAGCCAUCUGCCCUGAAGACAUCUGCAUGCAAACAGAUGACUAGCAGAAUAUCUGUCAGGAAAGCCAGAAGAACUCAGUUUUGGAAGUACAGGAUGAAUACCGUAGACUGGAAGGAGAGCACUGGCCUUGGUCAAAUGGACUUCAGAGAGAAGAAAAGCUGUCUUGCACAUCAGAUGCAGGCAAUUUCACAAUGCAGAGGAAAUACUGUUUGGCUUGUACUUUCCAGUGUGCAUUUCCUAUUUUUAAAGUGUUUUUUGGGAGCUAAAGAAUGGAUGGAGGUCAAGGAAUGGAAGUUUAAAGAAAAAUGGAGGUCAAAGAGUGGAGGUUAAAAAACCUGGAAGCUCAAAUUGAAGGCCAUUUUUUGGAUGCUACAGAAUGGAGCCUGAAGGAUGGAGGUUGCAGAUGGAGAACACUUUUUGGAUGCUGUUCACAGGAGGUCCAACAAUGGAAGCCAAAGAGUGGUGGCUGAAAAAGUAGAUGCCAUUUUUUGUGUGAGGAGGAAUGGAAGCUGAACAAUGACAGCUGGAAAACUGGAGGCUAAAGAAUGGAAAUCACAGGAGGGAGGGCAUCUUUUGGAAACCAUUUGUUGGAGGCCUGACCAUGGAAGCCAAAGAAUGGCUGAAGGACUGAAGGAUAAAAUGGACUCCACGCCCAAAUUGAAGAUUUUUGUGAUGUUGCUUUCUCUGGCUACUUUCACAGCCAUGGUGAUAAUGAAUGCUGGAAAUGCCACUGGGAUUUUCAAAGGUCUGUUCCGGACAACGCCUGGCAACAUCUCAGAGAAGUACAGCACCGACUUCACACCGGCUGGCUGGACUUUCCUCAUCUGGAAUGUCAUCUAUGCCUGGCAAUUGGCAUGGCUCCUGUAUGCACUGUCAGGGAUUUGCCGAAGAAAUGAACUUGGAUUUUUCUUCCUGAAGCCAGACUUGCUGCCAAUACCUUUUUACAUGGCAUGGAUUCUGAAUAAUGGCCUCAAUGUCGGAUGGCUGUUUCUAUGGGACAGAGAAUACCUCCUUCCAGCCCUGCUGUUGCUUGCAGCCCUUACUUUUACCACAGGUGCUGCUCUCUUCAUUUCACACAGAGCCUUGAGUAUCCAUUCCACAUGGUUCAUGAAGGGUCACCAAGCUGACCUCUGGCUCAUCCGGAUCCUGGUGCAGAAUGGGCUGGCACUGUAUACCACAUGGACCACCAUCGCCACUCUGCUGAACUUUGCUGUUGUGUUGAUCUACAAGUGGGAUGUGUCCAAUGAGACAGCAACAACUGCCUCUCUGAGCAUCCUUACCCUCAUACUUGUCAUGUGGUUCUGUCAGGAGAACUUCUUUCUUGAUAAGUACGUCCGUUAUAACCUCACGAUCUACCCAGUGAUCAUAAUAGCUCUGACUGGCAGCAUGUGCAAGGACUUCUCAGUUUCCUCCCCAACCACCAACGGCGUUUUUAUAGUUGUACUGCUGGCACUGACUUGUUUCAUCUUUGCUGUCCGGUUGGCAUUAGUCAUAUGGAAACACAGUAAUGAACCACUGGAAGCAUCAACACCACCACAGCCAUCAAGCACAGUGGCCUGAGACCUCUGACAUGGUGAUGCUAUGGCAGAUGCUUUAGAGGGAGAAGUAAGAGCUGAGCAUCCUGCAAUCACUGGUCCUUCCUUCCAGUAACAAGUGCCUUUUAUUUUUUGGCUAUUUUUUGGCUAUUUUUUGUUUGUUUUUUAAUAUUCUGGAUUAGUAAGGCUUGUGCCUGCAAACCUGUCCUCCUCCCCUAUUCUCUGAGCUCACCUAUUUGCAGCCCCACCUCAAAUGUUCACCCUCCUCUGUUCAUUCUUCUUUGGAUCUGUGGAGGAAGAUGUCCUUUGGAUGAGUAGCACUGUAUACAUUUGUGAUGAUGGAGCUGCUCCUCCCAGUGUGAUGAGGGCUAUCAGCAGACACCACAGAGAGUUGCCCUCACCCUUUCCUGGGAGCUAUGGUGGGCAGGGGAGGAGCUGAAUACUUCUGACACAGCUGCAAGUCUUUGGCGUAUUCCAGGCUGCUCUAACUCUACAAACUGACAGCACAUUCACUUCUCAGCACACAGCGUUAUCUCUGUGCCUCUGCCUUGUUUUUCUUUCUGACUUUCUUACUGAAGUUUGUCACUGUGUUGGUGCCCCUGUCAGUGGCCCAACGGUAACAGAAGACCUCUGGUGCCCCCCCACCCCUCCUUUCAGACAGGGGAGAUCCAGGUGAUGUGGGACCAGUGGGUUACUCUUCCUAAGCUGUGCCUAUUUAGUGGUUGCGUCCUACAGGAGGGAGAUUUGCUGCCCUUCUUUUGGGAGAACAGCCAUCCAGACACCAUGAUACCUGAUGGAGGGUGAAGCCUGUUCCUUCACAGAACUCUUCUUGUUUUCUGAGCUGGGUAGAGUGAAUUCAUCCUGGAUCAGUGUGUUUUUUAAUGUGGCUUCACCAUUGUGGGCUUGCUUUGGGAAGCCAGAAUGGCUUAAAAUGAGAUGAAAGGAGCUCCUCACUCCUCAUUCUAAGUGCUGUAGCACCACGUUAAUCUUGUGCAGACCUCCCUGCAAGAAAUGCCCUGACAACUGCCCUGAAAUGCUGGUGCUGAGUGAGCCCCUGGGCUGGCCCCACACAAACAAGCUGCUGGCUCUGAGCUGCCUUCCACCACCAUUCCCUGGAGCUGGGGCAGGCAGACAUUCCCACAGCACAGUGCUCCCUGCCAGCGUUGGGAAAAGCAGCUUUCCUUGCAGCCGUGGCAGGAACAGGAACCUAAAAAUAUCAUCACCCUGCCUGCCCCUUUCAUUUUAGCUGUAGCGAGACUAGGGCUGAAAACUAGCAGUGUAAGCAUUCCCAUUUGCUAUAUGCUAUUUUUAAGGGUGGUUUCUUUCUGAAGCAAGUUGUUUCCACUUGUUUUCUAGAACCAGAAAUACCAAUGAUGUGUGUUUUUUACCCCACAACAGAUCACUCUUCCAACAAAGCUGCAUCUCAUGAAGCCAUAAGCCUGCCAACUUUCUGGCACAAAUAAUCUGCCUGGCUUUUGUUUCCAUGAGCAAUGAUGGGAUUGGGGUGAAUUUUACUGGAUUUAAAAUUUCUUGGAAGGCUGAUGGCAUUAAGAACCCAAAGCCUGAAAAAUUGGGUUUGUUUCUCAGACUGUUAAUUCCAAGCCUUGGUAAGAGCCCCUUGUGUCUCUCAUAGCCUAGUGCAGGGUGCAAGCUGGAAUAUAACAGAACUAAAUUGAGGCUGUGAGGGAGAAUAAAUAGUCAUAGAAUAGACUCAUAGAAUCAUUGGGAAAGACCACUAAGCUCACUAAGUUGGACCCCAGCCCACCCCACUAUUCCCACCAACCAUGUUCCUCAGUGCCUUCAGAAGGGAACAGGAGCAGCCUCUCUGGCGAGCAUGGUGAACAUCACUGAAUAAAACUCCAGAGACGUAAGGCAAUGAUGAAAAGGAUACACACCCUUUGCUAUGCAUUCAGUCUAAACACACUUGGGCCACCCCAAGCCCUUUGAAAACUGUUAGAUGUUUAAAGCUAAAUAUUUAUUUUAUCUGUGCAGAGCUGGGACAGUGUGGUGUCGGGACAUUAGCACAGCUCCUUCUGCCAAAGGUAUCUCAACACAGAGUUGCAGUCUUGGGUGCAACUCACACAUGGGCUGAACAUGUGGGAAAAUGAUGCUGAAGGAGCCCAGGGUCCUGAUUCUGCCCCUAGCAGAGCCCUGGCAUCAGCAGGCAGCUGCCCAAUGAGUGUGCUGUGGGUUCCCCUGCACUCUCCACCUCCAAGCCCUGAAUAUCCACACAGGAAAGCUGUGUUUUUUCUUGGCUCUUUGGGAACAAAUGAACUUGAUGAUGCUUGCCCGGUACUUAACCCAUCGAGAAAAGGCUUAGUUUGCUUGGGAUGGGUCCAAUCUGUAGUGCAGGAAGUGAUGGUGGGGUGAUCUAGUGACUUGGUUUCUCUUGAUGUUGUUCUAGCAGCUUUAAAUAACAGACAGUACUGGAAAUAAUUCAACUUCAGAGACCCGAUACAUGAAUUAGAGAGAAUAAAUAGCUCAUGUUUGUGCCCAUGCCCACUAGGUGCCUUGCAGAAGGGGGUCAUCGUGUAGCUGGUGGGGCUGUGGACCUUAGAGUGAUGCUCAGAGGUCCCAGAUAUGGUGUGGGCUUUGGAAGGUCUCCAAAGCAGAGUGGCCCUGUGCAGUCCAUGCCCAGGCUGAACAGGUACUGUGCAUAGACUAACCAGCACCCAUGUGUGAAUUCAUUGGGUGCUCAUGCAAAAGCAAAGAGGGAGCGUGGAUUCCUCUGGUGCCCAUGCAUGAAUUCAUUGGUUUCUAGUACUUGAGCUCUGUGGGUGCUCAUGCAUGAAGUAAUUGGGCUCAUACAUGAAUUAACUGGGUGCUCAUGCAUCAGCUAACUGGGUUCUCAUGAACGAAUUAAUCAGUUGUUCUUGCAUGAAUUAAUUUGGUGCUUAUGCAUUAGCUGUUUGAGCCCUUGUGCAUAAAUUAAUUGAGCACUCAUGCAUGAAUUAGAUGGGUGCUCAUGCAUGGAUUAUUUUGGCACUAGUGCAGGAAUUAAUGAGGCUGCAACCCCUGCUGUUGAUACUGUCCCACUGACCUGUGAUCACCAAGCUUCAUUCCCACUCGUUACAUUGCAUUCACUUACCAAGGGUGCAGAGCACCAUCUAGUGAACGCUGGAGAGAAAACCAUCGCUGCAAACCCUGAGAUGUUCUGGGUGAACCAGGCAGCUAAACCAACAUUACCACUGUCUUUUUUCCUCUUUCAUUUUUAAAAUGCAUGACCUUUCUCUAUCUGCAACUUGAUCCCGAGCACCUGGAGAGCUGCUGGCCCCUUGCAGAGCCUGGGAGAGGCUGCAGCCCAGCAGCCUGCCACCGGCAGUCACUCUAAUUAAAACCUCCAGGAUGAGUUCACAUCUCUUGAUUUUUUUGUGGAUGUGUUUGAAAUCUCCCAUUGCUUUGGGCGGUCUGCACUGUAAUGAAGUUUUUAGCAGCAAUACUUGAGCUUUGCAGUUACUCUUUAUAGCCAAACAUCUCAGAGGAGUGUUGAGCAGGUUUGUUAGGAAAGGCGGAAGUUUUUUGAUGUAGGAGAUGGCUGGGGACAGGUCUGUAACAGUAAGUCACUGCCACCAUCCACAGCUGGCAGAAGACAGACCCUCAGUGAGCCAGAGGGACCGAGUCCAGCUGGAUUAUCCUCCAAAGUCACUUCAUCAUGGCCCCAAAGUCCUGCCUUCCUUCCUUUCCUUCCUUUCCUUCCUUUCUUUACAGAUACAAGUUAAGCAUGAUGUGGAAUAAGGAGUGGAAUGUUGUGGUUUUGUGCUUUCUGUUGUCAGUAUUCCACAUCAGAACAUCAUGCAGAACAGUGGCAGUUAAAGAGUUCAUGUUCUGGUUCUGUGUUACCGCCAUUUUGGGUUCCUGGAGGGGAGGGGUGGCAUCCCUGGAGGACUUGGCAUGAAGAGGAAGCAGGGUGGGACCCUGGACUGGAAACAGCCAUAGUGGAAAUGCUGCAUGAUCCCACAUUUGUUUCUAAUGAUCCACACCAAGACCAUGAUCCUGAGAGAGUGACGAGUACACUUGAAACAUGGCUGACAAGAACAGCACUGGAGAGGUAUGUUAUUUCACUGGUAGAAAUGACCAAUAGAUAUAAAAACCUAAACAGAAGACCCCCAAUUUUUGAACUGAUUCUUACACUUCAAAACUUGGAACAAAAAUUACCACUAUCCCAUGUUCUAUAUCAGCCAUCUGCCAAAUGGCAGAAAGACUGGAUAAAAUGGAGAGGAGCCAAGACAGCAUAUGGGAGGAAUUGCCCCUAACGAUUAAUUGUGAUGAACCUGUGGCAGUAUCAGAAACACCUGAUGAAGACCAGGACAAUCAGCUGAAGGAGCUGGUCAAACUGAUUAAAAGUCUCAGCUAUGAAAGGCAAACACCCCCCUGUUUGAGCAAAUGACUGUAGUAAAUUUAUGUCUUGUGCUGCCCUGUGGAGCUUCUUAUGUGAGCAUGGAGAGGACAUGAAGAAGUGGCACGACAAACCCACUCCUGCACUUCGAGUAUGGGUGAGAGAACUAUAGAGCAGAUCAGCCACCACUGAAGUUGCUCCUGUUACUUCAGGUAACAAAUAGCUUUCCAAUGAUUCUAUCAAUGUACACAAUAGGAGGAGUGAUCCCCCAUGUGCCCAGCACUGAAUAAACAUAUACCUGCUUUAUAACCUA